AUGGCUGAAGCUCUUGUUUCCAUAGCCUUGGAACAACUGGCUUCAUUCAUUCGUCAACAGGUGACAGAAGGGAUUAGCCUGAUUGUGGGUGCCGAGAAAAAAGAUAAGAAGCUUCAAAGCAAUCUCCGGGCAAUUCAAGCUGUGUUGGCUGAUGCUGAGAAUCGCCAAGUGAAGGAGAUUGUUGUGAGAGAUUGGUUAGACAAGCUCAAAGACGUGUCAUAUGACAUAGAUGAUGUGUUGGACGAGUGGAAGACGAAGUUUCUGAAGUUACAAAUUAAAAGAGCUAAACAUGCUUCUAAGCCUCUAAAAAAGGAUUAUAAGAUAAAGAGAGAACAAUUGAUCAAGUUAUGGAUGGCUCAAGGUUAUCUAAAGUCAAAAUCAAAUAAGGAUAUGGAGUUAGUUGGUGAAGAGUAUUUUGAAACUUUGUCAAUGCGUUCUUUCUUUCAAGAUUUUCAAAAAGAUGAAGAUGAUAUUGAUAUCCAUUUUUGCAAGAUGCAUGAUAUAGUGCAUGAUUUUGCUCAAUUUCUUACCAAAAAUGAAUGUUAUACAAUAGAGGUUGAUGGGUUGGGAAAUUUGAGAGAUGUUGAUGAGGUUAAGGGAAUUGAAUUAAACAAUAAGAAUAACUUGCGUGAUUUGGGGGUAAACUUUAACGGGAGGAUGAAUGUGGAGCAAAAUCAAGAACUUCUUGAGGAGUUACAAUCACAUCCAAAUUUAGAGAUAUUAUGGCUACAAAAUUAUAGUGGCAACACUAUUUUCCCUAAUUGGAUGAUAUCGUUGGCCAAUUUGAGAAUGCUAGUUCUUGUAGAUUGUAUAAACUGUGAGUAUUUGCCUCAUUUGGGUAAGUUAUCAUCUCUUGAAAUUCUUAAUAUAUGGCGAAUGAAUUGUGUGAAAAGAGUGGGUAAUGAGUUUUUGGGAAUAGAGAGUGAUGUCAUGCCAUCAUCUACAUCAAUCAUUGUGUUUCCCAAACUGAAAUUACUUUCCUUCCGGGAAAUGAAAGAAUGGGAAGAGUGGAAUUUCGAGAGUACAAAGAGAGGAGAUGAAGAUAUUACAGUCAUGCCAUCUCUUCAAACCUUGAAACUUCAAUCCUGCCUCAAAUUGAAGUCUCUACCAAACCACAUUUAUCAGAAAACAACAAUGAAGAUAUUAAUAGAUGAAUACCCUGUUCUCUGA